AUUCCAAAUUCCACUAACCAUAACCAAUCACCAUUAAUAAUAAUCCCAAGUUCCAACCUUUCCAUUCCAAGUCAAAACGAAACUGCUCCUUCAAACAAACCCACCUUCUACGGCAUUAUCACAUUUCACACGCACGCGUUUCACUCCUUCAUCAUACAAAGAUUCCUCCUUUUUCUCCAUUUUCUCUCUCUUCUAUUUCCAAAGCUGAUUUUCUUCCCUUCAUUUCUAACCUCUUAAUUAUUACUUUCUUCACUAGUUGUAUUUAAGCAACUAGUCAAGUACUAGUUGUAAUUAUUAAAAAAGCUGUCAACUUUCUGCAAUUUUCUGCUGUUCAAACCCUAGAAUUUUGAGAGAGAAAAAAAAGGUGGGGUUUUGAAAUGGUGGGGUUCAAAGCUUCAUCUUUGAUUUGGGUGUGUUUAUCUUUGGUUUUGGUGAAUUGGGUUUCUGGGAAUUCUGAAGGAGAUGCUCUUUAUGCUUUGAGAAAGAGUUUGAAUGAUCCAAAUAAUGUUCUUCAAAGUUGGGAUCCGAAUCUUGUUAGCCCUUGUACUUGGUUUCACAUCACCUGCAACGCUGAUGAUCAUGUCACUCGAGUAGAUCUUGGCAAUUCAAAUCUCUCUGGCCACCUAGUGCCUGAGCUUGGGACGCUAGAACAUCUUCAGUAUCUGGAACUUUACAAGAACAAUAUACAAGGGACCAUUCCAUGUGAGCUUGGAAAUCUAAAGAACCUAAUUAGCUUGGAUUUAUAUAACAACAAUAUAUCAGGAAGCAUCCCCCCGGAACUUGGAAAUCUACAAUCCCUUGUUUUCUUGCGAUUGAACGAUAACCAACUUACUGGUCGUAUCCCAAAGGAGUUAUCCAAGAUUGCCAGCCUGAAAGUAAUUGAUGUUUCCAACAACAAGUUAUGUGGACCAAUUCCAACAUCUGGUCCUUUUGAGCACAUUCCUUUGGAGAACUUUGAGAACAACCCUCGUCUGGAAGGCCCUGAGUUGGUCGGACUUGCAAGUUAUGACACAAACUGUGUUUGAAUUCCGAAGGACUGAUUCGUGGAGUGCCGAAGUUUACUUGUCAUACAGUUGAAUGUGUUCGUGCUUGUAGUUAUGUAAUGUAAGGCGGUGAUAAUAACUGAAUACAUGGUUUAUAUAGAGUGCAAAACUGCUUGUAGUAAAGUAAUGUGAAUGAAAGAUUAUAUAUUUGACGCUAAAACGUGAUUGUUAACAAAGUUAACUGGCACUAGCAAGCUGCUAUAGACCUACAUUUACCGGACAUUAUUGUGGCCAAUGUAAUGUCUCUAAUCUCUAAAGUUACUCUCCUUUGAUCCU